ACCCAGGAAGCAAAGGAGAUAUCAGUUAUGUGCAUUGCGGAUGCUCACCCCUACGUAUAGGAGAGCAACCCCCUUUAAACAAAGCCGACCUAUUCCGAAUCUUCUCCACUCUUAUCCUUGGUUAGGGUUUGCGUUUGCAGUUUACAGCAUUCCAAGGGCGAAGACGUUGCCUCAGUUCAGAGUUCGCUGCUCGGAUUCGGUUCUAUAUACUGCCUGGAAGAGUAAAUUGAUAGAGCUAAUCCUGCGUGUUAACGGUGGGACUGAGGAUUGUGAGAAGGAAAGUUGAAAACAGGAAGAGAAGAAACUGAUAUUAUGGACGGUGAAAGGAACUUGAAGAGGCAGAAAGUUCUGGAGAAGUCAUUUUCUCCUCCUCCCCCUAUGGGUUUUGAGAAUCCGCUGUUACCUUUGGCAAAUACAUAUGACGAUGAUGAUGAAGAUGAAGAUUAUGAGAGGAGGGCACUGAAUCGGAGGGGUGAAGGACAGAAUGGGGCUAGGGUGGAACAGAAUGGUAAUGGAGUUGAAAAUGCAGAAGUUGAGGAUGACGAUGAUGAUCUGUCUGGACAAGAAUUUCCAGGCAAGCACAAUCGCCAGGUUGAAGUAAGAAGGGACUGUCCUUACCUUGAUACUGUUAAUCGUCAGGUGUUGGAUUUUGAUUUUGAGAAGUUUUGUUCAGUCUCUUUGUCGAAUUUGAAUGUGUAUGCAUGUCUUGUUUGUGGAAAGUAUUACCAGGGAAGAGGGAAGAAAUCACAUGCUUAUACUCAUAGCUUGGAAGCAGGACACCAUGUCUACAUUAAUCUUCAGACUGAGAAGGUUUAUUGUCUACCUGAUGGAUAUGAAAUCAAUGAUCCAUCAUUGGAUGACAUUCGACAUGUUUUGAACCCAAGGUUUACCAGGGAACAAGUUGAACAGCUUGAUAGAAAUAAGCAAUGGUCCAGAGCACUAGAUGGUUCAGAUUACCUUCCAGGAAUGGUGGGGCUGAACAACAUCCAAUUGACUGAUUUUGUGAACGUUACCAUUCAAUCGUUAAUGAGAGUCACUCCCUUAAGGAACUUUUUCCUCAUUCCGGAAAACUACCAGCACUGUAAAUCUCCACUUGUCCAUCGAUUUGGAGAACUCGCUCGGAAGAUCUGGCAUGCUAGAAACUUCAAAGGACAGGUGAGCCCACAUGAGUUUCUGCAGGCAGUUAUGAAAGCCAGUAAGAAACGAUUUCGGAUAGGCAUGCAAUCUGAGCCGGUUGAAUUUAUGUCAUGGCUUCUCAAUACUCUGCAUAAAUAUCUUAAGACCAGAAAUGGUGGCAGCAUUAUCCAUGAAUGCUUUGAGGGGGAACUAGAGGUUGUGAAAGAGACUCAGAACAGAGCUCGCGGUGAUGACCAAAAUGGUGCUUUGACUGAGAGUGGCACUGAGAAUGAUAAUGUUGUCAUAGAGACUUACAGAAUGCCAUUUUUGAUGCUUGGACUGGAUUUGCCAGAACCACCUCUCUUUAAAGAUGUGAUGGAGAAGAACAUAAUACCACAGGUUCCUUUGUUCAAUAUACUGAAGAAGUUUGAUGGUGAGACUAUAACAACCACCGUUCGUCCUCCAGCAAGGAUGAGAUAUCGUGUUACCAGAUUGCCACCAUACUUGAUACUCCAUAUGCGCCGCUUCACUAGGAACAAUUUCUUCAGAGAAAAGAACCCAACGUUAGUCAACUUUCCUGUGAAAAACCUAGAAUUGAAGGAUUACAUUCCUCUGCCAGCGCCAACCAAUGAGAAUGAGAGACUGCGUUCAAAGUAUGAUCUGAUAGCUAAUAUUGUCCAUGAUGGUAAACCAGAUGAGGGGUUCUACAGGGUCUUUGUGCAGCGGAAAUCAGAAGAACUAUGGUAUGAAAUGCAGGAUUUGCAUGUUUCUGAAACCCUUCCUCAGAUGGUUGCUCUUUCUGAAGCUUAUAUGCAGAUAUAUGAGCAGCAACAGUAGCAUUCUAGCAUGCUAGGGUUUGCCGAUGUUGAUGGUAAGAUGAUUCAUUCUCUCCAGUAAGCUUUACCAAUCAGUAGAAGCAAUGUAAGUCAAAUGAGAAUAGAUGUUGAUGCUUUUGAAAUGGAAAAUUCAUUGAGGAGUUUUUUUGCUUCAUUUGGUGAAGAAUAGAAAUAAGUACCAUAUAACACUAUCGAGGGGGGUUAUGAUGCUGGACAUUGUCGUAUCUCCAUUUUAGUGUAGCCUAGUGUAAAAGAUUUGCAACCUUGUAUUGACACAGAUAUUAACAUUCUGUUUCCCAAUUUUUGGAAGGGACAAAGAGAUAGAACUUGCAUUAUGUAAGAGAUUUUUGUUUGAGCAGUAAUUCUGGCUCAACAAUCAAGACAUCUUUCUCCU